AUGGCUAGUGUCAGUGCUACGAAGCGAUCGUUUCCUAGUGACAACGAGAGUGAUGACGACAGCCUUCCUACACCACCGAAGCGACGUUGGCUCCAACGUUACAAAGACGAUAUUGAGGAACAACAAGGUGCUAGGGAAGAACACCGUUUGGAUGUUGCCUCGGUCUCUGACGGAGAACAUCAUGUGUCACCGGUUGUUCAAAGUGCUACCAAGCGGUCGUUUCCUACUGACAACGACAGCGAUAACGAGACCCGUCCUACAUCACCGAAGCGUCGUCGAGCCCAACAUAGUGAGUUGGAUAUUUCGGAACAACUACAAGGUGCUAGUGAGAUGAUGGACAUUCAAGAGCAGGAAGAAGAUGUUUCGGAUGUCGUGCAGGUUCUACCUGUCAGGAGAGUCGAUACAAAAACAUUAAAAUUCUGUGAUGUAUGUCACCUCAGUAUUACUAGGAAAAACUGGGCCCGUCAUACUGGGAGUAGAGCUCAUCAAGCGGCGUGGAUACAAAAACAGCAACUAAACCAACCAUCCGUCAUAGUUCAACCAUCCAUCAUAGUUCAGCCAUCCAUCAUAGUGCAAGUCCCACGUAAGCCUCCGCCACCACCUAAUCUUGAAAUCAUCCAAUCUAAAACGGCGUUCAGAGGUCGAAUGAAGACGUUUGAGAUCAAUAAUGUCAAACACUUUCAUAACGAAGACAAUUUGAAGACACAUAUGGAGGACUGCUCUAGACAUGAUGCUCUAAAAAUAAAGCUCCCUACCGCUGGAAAAAAUGACAAAAUAAGAUUUACAGAACACAAUAAAUCAAUGAAAGUUCCUUAUGUCAUUUAUGCCGAUCUGGAGAGCAUGCUCCUCCCGAUUUCUACUUGUGAACCAUCGGGAGUUGAUGAAAACGGUGCUAAGAGAUCGUACACAUACAGCUAUCAGAAACACGAAGCUAUAAGUUUCUGUUACUAUAUCUCUGGCAGUGAAAAGCCUCCAACGACAUAUUUCGGGGAAGAUGCUGGACGAAAGUUUGUCGAGGCGUUGAAAAAGGAGGCCGUAGAGAUAAAACAAAUCUACGAAAAGAUCAUUCCAAUGACACCAUUGGAGGAAGAAGAGAUACGUAGACAUAAAGAAGCGGUAACCUGUCACAUCUGUCAGGAACCUCUCAAUGAAACCGACAAAGUGAGGGAUCACGACCACCUCACCGGUUUGUAUCGAGGCCCUGCCCAUUCCAAAUGUAACUUAUUGUUUACUAAACCCAAAUUUAUUCCUGUUUUCUUGCACAACCUUUCUGGCUACGACAUACAUCAGUUCAUCAAAGAAAUAGGACGACAAGGUGAGAAACUCAAAGUGAUUCCCCAAAACGAUGAGCGAUACAUAUCAUUCACCGUUCAAGUUAGGGGAGGGUUGGAACUGAGAUUUUUGGACUCUUUUAAGUUUUUAAGUGCAAGUUUAGACCAAUUGAUUAACAAUUUAACUACAGAUCAGUUGGAGCAUACAAAGAGAUUUGUCAAAUCAUCACAGAUAGAGUUGGUAACAAGAAAAGGGGUUUAUCCCUAUGACUUUAUGGAUAACAUAACAAAAUAUGAUAUGACAACUCUGCCGGAACUUCAUGAUUUCAAAAACAAAUUAAAUAAGUGUGAUGUAUCAGAAUCAGAUUAUGAGCAUGCUCAAAAGGUUUGGAAUGAGUUCAACAUCAAAGAUAUGAGAGAGUACACAUUGUUUUACAACAAGAUUGACGUCCUCCAGUUGGCAGACAUUAUGGACAACUUCAGAGACGUUUGCCUUCAAACAUAUAGUCUCGACCCAGCGUGGUACUUCACAGCUCCCGGAUUAGCUUGGUCGGCGAUGCUGAAACUCACUGAUGUAGAGCUCCAGUUACUAACCGACCUCGAUAUGAUUCUAAUGGUUGAAAAAGGAAUUCGUGGAGGUGUUUCGCAGUGUUGCUUGAGACAAGCUCGAGCCAACAACAAGUAUAUGAGUCAAGGCUUCGAUGAGAACAAAGAACCUAGCUACCUGGUGUACUUAGAUGCGAAUAACCUAUAUGCUUGGGCUAUGUCGCAGGCGAUGCCAUUCGGUGACUUUAGAUGGCGAAAAGAUACUGAAAUAAAUGUUUUAGACAUCAGUGAUGACGCAGCCACCGGCUACAUUCUCGAAGUUGACCUCGAGUAUCCCGAAGAAAUUCAUGACCACCAUGCAGACUUUCCACUCGCACCUCACCACAUGAUUCCACCUGGGUCAAAAAUAUCCAAACUGGUCACCACUUUGUACGACCGAUCUAGAUACGUUGUACACUACAGAAAUUUAAAACAGUAUCUCAACCUCGGAAUGAAACUAAAAAAUAUACAUCGGGUUCUUGAGUUUUCUCAAAAACCGUGGAUGAAACCAUACAUCGAUUUAAACACUAACAUGAGGACCAAGGCAAAAAAUAAAUUCGAAAUUGACUUCUACAAGCUUAUGAAUAACGCGGUAUUUGGGAAAACUAUGGAAAACCUUCGGAAUAGAGUGGACGUUCGUCUGGUAACCGACGAACGACAGGCGGAUAAAUUCAUUGCCAAACCUACAUUCAAGAGUAGGAAAAUAUUUACGGACCAUCUUGCAGCUGUGCACAUGACCAAAACAUCACUUCUUUUCAACAAACCGAUUUACGUGGGGGCGGCUAUUCUAGAUGUGUCGAAAACCCUUAUAUACCGUUUCCACUAUCAAGUGAUGAAGAGCAGAUAUGGUGAUCGGGUCAUACUCGCCUAUACUGAUACCGACUCACUGAUUUACAUCAUAUAUACAGAAGACUGGUACAUGGACAUGAAAGAAAUGAUUGACGAGUUCGACACGAGUGCAUAUCAAAGUGCCAACCCUUUUGGUAUGCCUCGAGUAAACAAAAAGGUUCUCGGAAAAAUGAAAGAUGAGCUGGAAGGUCUGAUCAUGGUUGAAUACGUUGGUCUGAAGUCAAAAAUGUAUGCCACUGACGUAGAGGAAGGUUUGAAUUGUAUAAAAACAUCUAAAAAGGCUAAAGGAAUCAAGAAAUCAGUGGUGGAAAAUGAAAUCACAAUAGAUGACUAUCGCAGAUGUUUGAAGACUCUCGAAGAUGUGUACAGACAAAUCAACAGCAUCCGAAGCCACCUGCACGAUGUUUAUAGUAUGACACAAUUCAAGAAAUCACUUUCGCCAAAGGACGACAAACGGUGUGUUCUUCGAGAUGGAAUAAAGACGCUACCCUGGGGACAUAGAAGAAUUCCUACUGAAUGUACAUAA